AGGGCAGGCGUUGCAGCCUUUCUAGGCUUGAGGUCACCUCUCCGUAACGUUCCCUCAUUCUCAGGCGUGGCCUCCCGGAGCGCCCGGCCCUCGGCUGCUCCGUCGCGUCUUCUGGGUUCCAAUAAAGUUUUCCUCCCUGUACGGAGCUCAAGAUGGCGGCCUCCUGGUCGCCCUUGGUUACCCUGCGCUCCACCGCGCGCAGCCGGCUGGCUGGGAGAGGUGUUGGGUGCGGGGCGCGGGUCUUCGCAAUCCCUCCUCCGGCCCCUGGCCCUGGGAAACCCCUUUGGAAAGCCUACACAGUCCAGACCUCCGAGGGUGGACGCCCAACAGCCGCUUCCGAGGCCCACUCGAAAGCUUUGGCCGUUUGCCAUGGGCCUCUGGACCACUACGACUUUCUGAUCAAAUCUCAGGAGCUGAGGGAUGAUGAACAUCAAAGAAGAGUGGUCCAGUGUCUGCAGAAGUUACAGGAGGACCUGAAAGGAUACAGCAUAGGGAAAGGAGGGCUCUUUUCCAAGCUUUUUUCAAGGAACAAACCUCCAAAGGGCCUGUAUGUUUAUGGAGACGUUGGUACAGGAAAAACAAUGGUGAUGGACAUAUUUUAUGCAUAUGUGGAAACGAAGAGAAAAAAGCGGGUCCAUUUUCACGGCUUCAUGCUGGAUGUGCACAGAAGGAUACAUCACCUUAAACAGAGUUUGCCAAAAAGGAAGGCGGGAUUCAUGGCUAAGUCAUAUGACCCGAUAGCUCCCAUAGCCGAGGAAAUCAGCCAAGAAACUUCUCUCCUAUGUUUUGAUGAAUUUCAGGUCACCGACAUCGCCGAUGCCAUGAUUCUCAAACAGCUUUUUGAAAAUCUGUUCAAAAACGGGGUCGUCGUUGUGGCAACAUCCAACAGACCACCGGAAGAUCUCUAUAAAAACGGACUCCAGAGGGCUAACUUUGUGCCAUUUAUAGCUGUCCUGAAGGAAUAUUGCGAAACGGUCCAGCUGGAUUCUGGGGUAGAUUAUCGGAAAAGGGAACUCGCCCCUGCAGGGAAACUCUACUACCUCACAAGUGAGGCUGAUGUGGAGGCUGUCGUGGAUAAGUUGUUUGAUGAGCUGGCUCAGAAACAAAAUGAUUUAACUAGCCCAAGGAUUCUGAAAGUGCAAGGCAGAGAGCUGCGGCUGAAUAAAGCCUGUGGAACCAUUGCCGACUGCACAUUUGAAGAGCUGUGUGAGAGACCGCUUGGAGCAAGUGACUAUUUGGAAUUAUCAAAGAAUUUUGAUACGGUAAUCAUACGAAACAUUCCACAGUUCUCACUGGCAAAGAGGACGCAAGCUCGAAGAUUCAUCACUCUCAUUGAUAACUUCUAUGACUUCAAGGUGCGCAUAAUCUGCUGUGCUUCGGCUCCUAUCUCAAGCUUGUUUGUGCAUCAGCCUCAGGCCAGUGAGUCGGACCAAAGCAGAAUACUGAUGGACGAUUUGGGGCUGAGCCAGGACUCCGCGGGGCUCUCCAUGUUUACAGGGGAGGAGGAAAUCUUCGCCUUUCAGCGCACCAUUUCCCGGCUCACAGAGAUGCAGACGGAGCAGUACUGGAUUGAAGGGGACAGAAGCAAGAAGUAACUGUCACUUUCACAAGAUUUAAAAAAAAAAAAAGGUGACUGGUUAAGGCUGCGAGACAGUGAGACAUCACUGCAAGAUGUCACUGCGAAAUGCGAUGGGAUCAUUUCCUUAUCGUCAAUGCACUUUGCCCUCUGGACGGCUGCGUCUGAGGCAAGCGGAGGGGCACACUGACAAAGUCUCUCCUUUAUAGAUUCACAUUUAUUUGGAGUUAUUUCUGCAUCAUAAAGUGGAAUCAUCACU